AGGUUCUAGACUCAUUCCUCCACACACGCCUCGUCUGCCCUCGCCGCCACACACUCAUACCCGCAAGAGAUAUGGUCCGUACAUGCGUAGUCCUGAUGCUGACGGCGAUGGUUCUGGCGUCCUGUGUGACGGGCCAGCUUAACUUUUCUCCAGGUUGGGGUAAGCGUGCCGGAGGGGUGGCGGUGGGCGGCGGCGGUGGCGUCUCUGAUCCAGCCGCACUUCAUUCCGCUUCCCAAGCCGCCCUUGCCGCAGUCUCCCCCAACGCCGCCGGCGACAACUGCGGGACGAUCCCUGUGUCCGCCGUCAUGCAUAUCUACAGGCUCAUCAGGGCGGAGGCGGCGCGACUUGUCCAGUGCCAAGAGGAGGAGUAUAUGGGAUAAUAGCCUCUACUAGCACCAAUCCCCAAUCUUAGCUACCCACUGUGAUUGUCGUAAUGUUUAACGGGUGAAUCUCGGCCUCUCUCCGUUACGCUCAGAGAUGCUCGCUGUCUUCUGGGUCAUCUCCUCCCGCUCCUCUACCUGCUCCUGGGCCGUGGUGGACUCUGAUCUGUGUCGCAGGAUAUGAAGACGUAUAUUUUUCUCAUCUUUCUGGAACUCGCAGGCUGGAAUAUCUGGAUUAGAAAUGUUGCAUUUGAUUAAAAUAGUCCACGCGGC